AUGCUUUCUACCGCCAGAUCAAGAGCGGUUUGGCAGCUUUCCAGGACAGUUCAGUCCUCGGCGAGGCGAGCAUACUCCUACUCUGCAAACGACAAGCAGGGAAUCAACACACCUGCGAAUUCUUCGAAGCCAGUGCCCAACGUCUCCAAGACCAACGAGAUACCAAUUGAGUCAUCUCAGAGCGAUGCUACUUUGCAGGAGAAUGCGGCUGAGGGUGAGAGGGUGAGGGCACAGCAAGCACCAAACAGAGUUGCUGUCUGGUCGCGGAGUCAAAGCCCCAGGGCAAACGCCAUGUCAGGACCUAGAUUCGAGCAGACUGUCAUGGAUCUACAGCCUCAACCACAAGCUGCCAUCAAUCUGAUCCACCAGCAACCAGUUCGGUGGACACACGACCGAGUUGUAGUUUGCGACGGUGGUGGAGGGCCGUUGGGACAUCCUAGAAUUUUCAUCAAUACCGACAAGCCGCAGAUCUGUAUGUGUGAAUACUGUGGUUUGCCUUAUGCAAACGAACAUCACAGAAAGCAUCUUGAGUCUCUCCCAAGCACUACAUACCCGCUUUCUCCACAAGGAAAUGCUGCCGAGGUACCUGAGUCUCAACGCAAUACGCACGAGGCUCUGGGACAAAGAUGA